CGAUGGGAGCCGGCCCCCGGAGGGGCGUGGGCCCCCCGGAUGGUGGCUGGGGCUGGGCCGUGCUGGGUGCCUGCUUCGUGGUCACGGGUUUCGCCUACGGCUUCCCCAAGGCCGUGAGCGUCUUCUUCCGCGCGCUCAUGAGUGACUUUGGUGCCGGCUACAGUGACACGGCCUGGGUGUCCUCCAUCAUGCUCGCCAUGCUCUAUGGCACCGGCCCGGUGUCCAGCAUUCUUGUCACCCGUUUUGGCUGCCGCCCAGUGAUGCUGGUAGGUGGGCUGUUGGCCUCGGCGGGCAUGAUCCUAGCAUCCUUUGCCACGCGCCUCUUGGAGCUGUACUUGACAGCUGGGGUGCUGACAGGCCUGGGCCUGGCCCUCAACUUCCAGCCGUCGCUCAUCAUGCUGGGGCUGUACUUCGAUCGGCGGCGGCCUCUGGCCAACGGGCUGGCGGCGGCGGGCAGCCCCGUGUUCCUGUCGGCGCUGUCGCCGCUCGGCCAGCAGCUGCUCGUGCACUUCGGCUGGCGCGGCGGCUUCCUGCUGCUAGGCGGCCUCCUGCUGCACUGCUGCGCUUGCGGCGCUGUCAUGCGACCUCCGCCGGGGUCCGGCCCUCGGCCCCUGCGGGACAGCGCGGGAGACGCUCCCGAGGAGGCCGAGGCGGACCGCGCCGGGCUGAGCCUGAGUGAGGCGCCCCCUGGCGGUCGGACCCGCCGACGCCUGCUGGACGUGACCGUGUGCGCCGACCGCGCCUUCGCGGUGUACGCGGUCACCAAGUUCCUGAUGGCGCUAGGGCUCUUCGUACCCGCCAUCCUGUUGGUGAACUACGCCAAGGACGCGGGCGUGCCUGAUGCCGACGCCGCCUUCCUGCUCUCCAUCGUGGGCUUCGUGGACAUUGUGGCACGGCCAGCGUGCGGUGCCCUGGCCGGCCUACGACGUCUGCGGCCGCACAUCGCCUACCUCUUCAGCCUGGCCCUGCUGGCCAACGGGCUCACGGAUUUGAGCAGCGCGCGCGCGCGCUCCUAUGGCACCCUUGUCGCCUUCUGCAUCGCCUUCGGCCUCUCCUAUGGCAUGGUCGGCGCGCUGCAGUUUGAGGUGCUCAUGGCGACCGUGGGUGCGCACCGCUUCCCCAGUGCACUAGGCCUGGUGCUGCUCAUCGAGGCCGUGGCUGUACUCAUCGGACCGCCAUCUGCUGGCCGCCUGGUGGACGCACUCAAGAACUAUGAGAUCAUCUUCUACCUGGCCGGCUCCGAGGUGGUCCUGGCUGGGGUCUUCAUGGCUGUUGCCACCAAGUGUUGCCUGCGCCGCUCUCAGGACGCCCCGCCCAGCCCAGGCACGGAAGGCGGGGCCAGCGAUACCGAGGACGCGGAGGAGGAAGGGGACCCUGAGCCCCUGCCCACCGAGGAGCCCCGGGGCCUUGAGGCCCUGGAAGUGCCGAGCCCCGGGGCUGGGCCCGCAGAACCUGAGGUGGAGGCAGGGCCAGGGCGGGCCUCCGAGUCUGUGUAG